CGACGUCUUGUCUUCAGUCUUUCAGAGACAUCGGUGGCAUCGUACGCCAAGUGGUUUUGCUCGCUAAAGUUAUAUAUCGUAUUUCAUCUGUAUAUAUAAGUUUCAAAAUUAUUGUGAAUCUCGAAAAAAUCUUAAAAAAUUUCUUAAGCUGAGGUUCAUCAUAUUCGACAUCUUUGCCACCGCUUUGUGCAAAUUGGCGAUUCGGCUAGUUCCUGCUUUCAGCACUGUGUUCCAUCGUCGCUACCUAACGAUCAACAUUCUUGAAGGUCAACUCAAGAUUCUCGCGCUGUCGCUUCACAUAUACAAGCCUAGGCCUCAGUUCACCAGAGACAGCUAUUAUCAACUAUACCACGCAAUAGUGAAAUAGGAACCACGAUGCAGGGACACAAGCACAAAUUUUGCACAAAACUCUACAGCACUUAUCUACGAAAAUGGUGGAUUACAAUAGCUAUUGCAAUAUGCCUUCUCAUUCUUGGAAUUUUGGUCACUUGUGAAUUUACUGCGCUAAUUAAUCUAAUAAUUAACUACCAAGUUGCACUCCGGCCAGGGAGCCAAACUUUCGGCUGGUGGGCCAAGCCUCCAGUGGAACCAAAAAUUUCUGUUUAUGUGUACAAUGUCACAAAUGCCAACGAAUUUUUAAACAAUGCAUCAAAACCUAUUCUAGAUGAAGUGGGGCCUUAUGUUUACACAGAGGCGUGGGAGAAAGUCAACAUUGUCGAAAACGAAAAUGGUACCUUAAGUUAUAACUUGAAAAAAAUGUACGUCUUUCGCGAGGACUUAUCAGUAGGGAUGGAAGAUGAUGUUGUUAUUGUUCCCAACAUCCCAAUGCUGAGUGCAACAUCUCAAAGCAAACACGCUGCAAGAUUUUUGCGACUAGCAAUGGCCAGUAUAAUGGAUAUUUUAAAAAUUAAACCUUUUGUGCAAGUCUCUGUUGGACAAUUACUAUGGGGCUAUGAAGACCCUCUUCUUAAAUUGGCUAAAGACGUUGUUCCAAAAGAACAAAAGCUACCAUAUGAAGAAUUUGGGCUAAUGUACGGUAAAAACGGAACAUCCACAGAUCGCAUAACCAUAUUCACAGGUGUAGAUGACAUUACUCAGUACGGUAUAAUCGAUAAAUACAAUGGAAGAUCACAUCUGCCUCAUUGGUUGAAUGAUGACUGCAACAGAUUAAAUGGAACAGAUGGUUCAAUAUUUCCACCACAUAUUGAUAAAAAUCGCAUUCUUUUCGUAUACGAUAAAGAUCUAUGCAGACUGUUGCCACUCGCAUUUGAAAAGGAAGUUCAAGUCAAAGAAACUGUUAUGGGUUAUAGGUUUACGCCACCAGAAAAUGUGUUCUCUGACGUUGAAAGCAAUCCGGAAAAUAUGUGCUUCUGUCCAGCAGGUCAGCCUUCAUGUUCUCCCAAUGGAUUGUUCAAUGUUUCACUUUGUCAAUACGAUUCACCCAUUAUGCUAAGUUUUCCUCAUUUUUAUUUGGGAGAUGAAAGCUUUCUGAAUGCAGUGGAAGGGAUUACUCCAGCCGAUAAGGAGAAACAUAAAUUUUUCAUUGACGUUCAUCCCGUAAGUUUAUUAAAACACUAUGGCCCGUAGUCAUAGAGAAGUUCGAAAAAGGAUUUUACGAUUAAAAUUGU